UUCCCUCUCCAACGCCACCAGCGGCAGCUGCAGCGCCACCACCCCUCACCACCAUUAUCCUCUCCUCUAAUUAAUUCCUCCCGCGGGUCCCUUCUUGACAGCGAACCUUCUCCUUUUCCCCCUUACUUUUUGGUUCCCUCCCUCCUCCGUCAAAGCCCCCUCAUCUGCCGUCGUCUAGAAGCCAACCAUCAGUUCAAUCAUAUCUAGGAAGGAAGCAGGAGCAGCAGCAGCAGCAGAAAGAAGGGGUUGCUUCUUCCAGUCGUUUACUUUUUCCGUCGAUCGAUUGAGCAGAACAGGAAGAGGAGAUGGAGGGCUUCACGUACUCGUCUUGCGGUGGGUCGAGGGACUCGUCGCCGAGGUCUCGCGAUAUCGACGACGAGAACCAGCCAUGGGACGAGUCGUCGGCGGGGAACUAUAAGGUUAAGUUCAUCUGCAGCUUCGGCGGGAAGAUCCACCCUCGUCCCCACGACAACCAGCUCGCCUACAUCGGCGGCGACACCAAGAUCAUCUCCAUCGACCGCGACGCCAAGUUCGACGACGUGGUGGUGCGGCUCUCCGCCCAGUGGAGUACCAACGUGUCGUUCAAGUACCAGCUCCCGGAUGAGGACCUCGACGCCCUCAUCUCCGUCACCAACGACGAAGACCUCGAGCACCUGAUGAUGGAGUACGAUCGCCUUUGCAGGGGAUCCGCCUCCAAGCCGGCACGCCUCCGCCUCUUCCUCUUCCCCGUCGACUCCGCUCCCACGCUUCCCUCGGCUCCCAGUUCCGGCGCCGAGAGCAAGCCCGACCAGAAGUGGUUCGUCGAUGCGCUGAAUUCUGCCCCCGUCCAGGGCCUGAAUCGCAGUACGGGAUCAUCAGACAGCCCUGACUUUCUCUUCAACCUGGAGAAAGGGCCCGCCGGACGGCCGCGAGACGAGAUUCCGGUCCCCGAUUCCGCUCCGGCGGUCGCCAAUCCCCCUCUCCUUGAUUCGCGGGACUACUUGCCUCAGCCGACCGUCAUCCCCGCGGCUAAGCGGGACCAGCGGUCUUCGCCGGAGCCGACGAUGGCGACCGUAGUUCCCGGCAUGCACCCGGCGGAGCUUCAGAGGCAAAUCCAUGAGUUCCAGAGGAUGCAAAUUGCGAACCAGGAGCACCAAGCGGCAGUUAUGUUCCAGCGAAAGCAAGAAGAGUCCCUCGGCCGGAACCUUCCGUCGGCACCGGCAUACCCUCCAAGAGAGGGCCCCAGCGGUGGCGCUGCAAUCGCAUCACAGGGAGAUUACUACGGGCGAGUCCAGGAGAAGAACCGGUACGACCCGGCUCCACCGGCACCGCAACAGGCGAGCGCUCCUCCCGUGGGAUCGGCCUACUGGGCACCGUCGAUGCCUGAUCGUCAAGCGCCGGCACCAGAACAUCCGGUCUACAUAUUACAACCACAGCCGCCGCCGCCGGCGACGGCUGGAUUGUAUCCGACGAGCUCCAACCGUCCGCAGGGAUACUUCGCAGUGCCGCCAAAGAUGAUGGCGCAGCCGCAACCUCACCCUGCCACCGCAGGCUUCGUGGUGGAUCCGUACGGGAUGGGGCCCGCCGCUGCCAAGAUGGGCCCUGUCCCCCAGCCGUACCCGGAGGGGGCGCCGCGCCAGGGGAUAGACCCGCCGCCGGCGUUCUCACACGUCGUUUACGACUCGUCAGGCGGGGCCAGGGCGGUCUACUACACCCCUGCUCCGGGGGCGGCGCCAUCGGCCUACCACGCGAUGGGCGUCGACCUCCGCCAGCCACAGCCACCGCCUAAUCAGCCCAGCCAGGAUGGUGGCAGGAGCAGGCCGUCCUCCCAGGGUUGAUUUCAGAGGCUUCCACCCCACCAAAGACCACACCGCCCGCUUCCAGCUCUCAGCUCCGCGCUCUCUUUUCCGUCUGCUUUCUCCUUCCCGCCCUCCGGUCACCGUCAAAUUUCCCGAUGCGUGAUGAUUUGCAUGGUGUUGUUCGUAUAUAACGUGAAAUAUAUUUUCCAAGACUGUUUUGUGCGUUAAAUUCCCUGUGGCGUUGUAUGAAUUUAACGUGAAAUACGUACUUAAAAUAAUUGUUUGUAGAA